AUGUUUUGUGUACGACCUAAAUCAGUAGAUCCAAGUCAUCAAGAAGAGCAAGCCUCGAGAGAUAAUGGGUAAGCUUGAUAAUGAUUUUAAAAUUAGACGCUUGGAAGUACUUACCACAGUCUGUCGCCAGUACGACGUUUUAUAAGAACUAGUAAAAAUUAAAGAUAUAUUUUGCUUCAUGAGCAAUCAUAUUUUGGACAAAUCCACCCAAGCUGAUAUCUAUACGACGGCAUAGUUAUUUCGGAUACCCGAUUUCUCUCAAUGUUUAGUUUAUUGACGAAGCUUCUCAGCUGGAUGCAUCUAGCCCUCGUCUAUUUUACCAUUUUCAAUCUCUUGAAUAGGACAUCGUUUUCAGUGAACUUAGCCGCCUCGGCAUUCGAAAUUAGUCACAUUUUCAAUUUUUUUUUUUUUUUUCAAAAGUAUAAACAAAUUUGAUGAGCCAAAACGCAGACCUCUAGUAAUGGAUACAACUGCUCGGAGGCACCAACAGUCUAAAGUUUUAAUGUCAGUGUGUCAGGCAAAAGCUUAUUUAUAUAUUUAUUCCCUUCAUUGGCUGUCUAGAACGCACGAAGAUGCUUUUGUUGGCUACUUUGUUUACAAAAUGGCGUUGUCAAAAACACAUUUCAUGCUCUCCAAACUUCCCGUGUGCAUCCAUAACUCGAUAUUAUGAACGCUAAGCAUGAAAAAAUUCUUAAAUUUGCCCUUCCACAGGGAACAAUCAUAGUAAAAGUUAAGAACUUAAAAACGCUAACAGUCUUUUUUUUUUUUUUUUCGUUUUCAAGGAUAAAUUAUGAUUAAGGUGACUCGACCCAGUUUUUUUAGGGGGGUACCAUUCUACUUUGAAGCUCUCUGGCAUCCCCACCUUUACUUUUAUCGUAAGUCUAACACAUAGAAUGGAUAACAUAUAGAACAAUCUACAAUAUAACAUAAAAUUUUUGGCGAUCGGAGUAAUUGUCACGUGGUUAUAAUGCCACGCCCUUUUGAGGUCUGAGUCGAAAAUCGGCUGUUGCCGGCAUUUUUUCGUGAAAAUCUCUCAGCUACACAUAGUGCGCAUUAGUGCCUUGCGCUGAACAGAGUUUCACCAAAAUCGCAAAGACCCAGAAAUUCAGAAAAAAAUUCAGCGGUUUCCAAAUUUAGGUCAUAAUUUAUGCGAAAAUGAUAAGCAAACUUUACAUGGAUUGUAUAUAAUAAACUAUGAGAUUCAUCUCUUUAUUUUGGGCAUCGUUAUAACAGAUGGGUCCUUGCAAGUCAGCAAAAGGCUUUAGGGCCUUGUAAAUGCGCGCGAUUUCGAGCAAAGCAAACAUAUAGAAAUUAUAGUUUUCGCUAUUUGUUGACGUUUGUCAGCGUUUGAGAGUCCUUCUCACGAAAAAAGCAUUUUCUUAACAAUGCGUAGUUUUUUUUCCUUCAAAUUUUUUCAGGGCCACAAUUGAUUAACUAACUACCCGGACUCUGAAUUUCAUGGUCAAUGAAAAACUGUGACAUUAUCUUCUAUAAGCCCAAACUUGAGUAAACAUUGAAGAUUUUUAGCGUUUUGGCUGAGUUUGUGCUUUGGGAGUUGUCUAUUGUUUCUAGUCUGUCAUGAUACAGCAUUCUUGUUCAGCACGCGUGCAAUGACCGCGCUUGGCUGACUUCCGAAUGCUCACCGAGAUAUUAUAAUUUUGGUACAGUGAGACAGGCCAUCGCGUGAUACAUAGAGGUUUAACUAACAAUUUUUAAUCAAUUCUCGUGCUUCUUGUGUCUUUGCAAAAAAAACAAGAAGUGCUACACACUAAGUCUACUUACUAUUACAAAAAUAUCAUUUUUUUAUAGGCUUAAUAGGUUUAAUGCAAGCCAAUAAUUAAAUCAACUCUUGACGGGAAUAUCUCGGUGAGCAUUCGGAAGUCAGCCAAGCGUGGUCAUUGCACGCGUGCUGAACAAGAAUGCCAUGGAAUAGUACAAAAUCGACAAAGGUUUUCUUUUCCUCAUUCAGGGAAUCACAUUUUCUCACAUGCAAAGAAAUGAGCAGUCAACUUGGAAUUAUGAACAAAUUAUCCAAGAGAAACCUCUGGACCGCGCCCAGUAAAGAGCAGUACCUUCCUGCUUACGUUAAGAUGCUGAGUGACCAGUACCUAGCAGGACCAUCGCCACGUUCCUUGCAACCAGUGAAGGUCAGCAUCACUCUCUACCUAUCGAAAUUAGUCUUAGAAAAUUGACGUACAUCUGCUCAAGGCCUAAGAAAAUGCAAAGUUACUUCUUCAACCUCACUUUUGAAAUGAAUUGAGGUGAUGGGAAAGAGUUACGUCUAGCCUCGACUUCAAAAUUAUUUUGAUGAGAAGUAUUUAUUUUUUAUUUUAUUAGCUUCGCCAACAUAAUAUAAAUACGAAGGGGUAAUCAAACAAAGUUACAAAGAAAAAGUGUCAGGGAAUCUGCAACAGCGUGAGCUAAUUACCGCGGGCCCAGAAAAUUAAAAAAAUAGAAGAAUAGUUAAAAUAGAUAAUCACAAAAUUAAAAGCAACACGAGACAGGCUGGGCAAGACUACGACACUUAUUACAUUUAAAACAGACAGACUUAAAAGUGCGGGGAUUUUCACAGUAGUAAUUACUUAAGGCGGUUUUGUAAUACUCUAUCAUUUCCUGUUUAAAAUCAUUCAGGGCGUAGAUGUGAUCUUUUUUUUUUUUUACUCUAAUGACACAUUCAGUCUGUAACAGUAUAUAUCAUUUAUCAUACGACAGUAACUAGUAUCAAAUAGCAAUUUGGUUGUAUGCAAGGAAAAAAGGAGAGAAAUUCCUAGCCUACGAAAGCAUCCGUUUCUCCCCAGCGGCGAAGAGCGAAGGAGAAACGGAUGCUUUCGCAGGCUAGGAAAUUCCCGCUAAGACUACACCUACUAGAAGCUAAAAAAAGCGAAAUUUGUUCAGUAUUGCUCGGUAAUAAUUCCGAAAUAAUCAUUACCAAAAGGGUCAUAAAAACCUGUGAGUCGUUAAUGACGCUAAUGAAAUGAAGUUUCCCAAUAAUGCGCAAUGCAAGAAUGUAAGGUUUCAAGUAACUGAAAAUUAACGGCAUUGUUUUAGAUACUGGGGCUUCAACGGGACUCAGACCCGGCUACGUGGGUCCUGGGGAAAAAUUUGAUCAUAAGCGUGGGGAAUGACGGAACUUCAAGAAUACUGUCCUCAGAGGAGACAAUGUUUAGUGUCAUCGAGGAUUUCUGUCGAAUUCCGAUGUUGCGACCUCAACGUAAGUGAUGUAGAGUAAUUAUUUUUCUUUUCAAUUUUGGCUUCGUUACUUUGUGUUUGCUAACGUACUUGUUCAGACAUAACAUGUUAUCCGCAUAUAUACUUGUUAGGUGUAUAUCUCCAUAUGGGAUUGGGAACAAAUCACCUUGUUUCUUUUCUUAUAACAGCAAAUCUCUUUUUGCAACGAAUGUUUUAGUUUGUUGGAUUGUUCUUCAUUAACUCUCCUUAUAAAUUCAUAAUUUCAAUUUUUUAUUUUCUUAAGCUGAAUUAGACGACGGAGACGGUCUGUUGAAACUUCUGGACUUCCAGGAAAAAGCCUUCGGAGAGAAUUUUCCAGCCGCUCUCCUAGUGUUAGGUGGCACUGCACUCGCUGUUCACUAUGAACAGCUUAGUAACACCUUCCAUGUGCCACCUAUAAUGGCUUUGGGCGAACCAAUAACAGCGAAAUCAACAGCCGUCGAAACUGCCUUGUCCAUGUUUGGAAUGCAGGAUUGCGUGGGAGGUAAUUCAAAUAGUUUUUAGAUGCCAAUCUUACCGCCUUUUGAGGUCUGGAAGUUGAUUCAUUGGAAUUUAACGUAAGAGAAGAGAAGUCUAAUAGUAUAAAUAUUCCAGCCAAAACGAGGGAUGGUUACCCGUUUGCCCCCCAAGACCCUUAACUAUACUGCAAUCAACUAUUUUUUUUUCUGGUUGUGAGUUUAGUUUUUUGUUUAUAAAGUAGGAAACAUAAUUAUCUGGUUAAGUUCUCCUUAAUGGAGUUAUUAUCAGAUUUUUGCCUCUAUCAUGACUGCCGACUUAGCAGGUGCAUGCAUGGCACAUUUUACGAAUAUAGAAGAUGACACAGCGUCCAUAAUAACUGAGCCAUCCCAGUUCUUUUCUCUUAAUUUCUAUAAAGAAGGCGCCUCUUAAGGAUGAUGAAGACAAAAAAAGAGAGAGCUAAGUGUCACAGCCGUUUUUUUAGUCAGGUUUCCACACCGUGCACAUUAAUGGAAAAUUACCUUUUUGGUAAAAUCUACAGAGACAACUUUACCAGCUCUGGCUGAAAUUGGCAGCCGUCAGACCAUUCCUUUUUGGUGGGAUGAC